UGCAGAUACCUUGGAAUUGUAAUCAAGUCGUUUUAGGAAACAAGGCUUUGUUCAUAAACAGAAGAUAUCAACAAAAGCUUAAGCAGUAACAGCCUUGUAAUAAACACAUUGUUUCAUCAAAAGUAAAUAAAAAUCAAGAAAUUCAAUUCAAGGUCCAACUCUAUAAAAGCAGUUAAAGUAGGAAUGCAUAUUUAGUUAUAAUAAAGAUGUCAAUCAUAGUGGUGCUGCUCGUUGUCAGUGUUUCUACAGGAAGUGAAGGCAGCUAUUUUGGGGAUUUAUUGAAAUGCAAUGAUUUGUUGCUAAAGUGUCAGGAAACUGAAACCAUAAUGGGCAAGUUCAAUGGAAUGGCAAAUGAGCUGAAUCAAAACUGCAGUCAGGAAAUUGGCUCCAAGUGGAGCAAUGUCACCCGUUGUGAAUUGGAAGCCACAAAGUGUUUGUUGAACCAGAUGAUUGCAAUGGACGCGAAUUGUGAAAAUAUAGCUGAUGUAAUGCAUCUUUGAAAAUCAUAUUUAAAAUGA